AUGAGGUCCAGUGCUGGUUUGGGGGCCUCCCUGCAGGACUGGCCUCACUUAGUCCCGCCGUGUGGACUCUGUGUGGGGCAGGGGCUCAGGGCAGCCCCCCACAUGCAGUCGUGCUGGGGAUCCAUCUGCCGAGAGGUGCUUAGGGGCCAGUCCCGGUUGGGGCCCCUCACCGAUGUUGGCAGCCGGCGCGGGGCCAAGGCUAAUGGAGGAGCGAUGCCCCUGUGGCGGGCAGGGAUUUGUGUUUUUCAGACGUUUGAUAAUUUGGGGUAA